ACCCCACUCUUGUCUUUCAUAUAUUUCACUCAAACACAAUCCCAACAAAAACAAUACCCAAACUCUCUCUCUCUCUCUCUCUAGCAAAACCACUUUCAGUUUCACAAAAUCUUUUUUUUUUUUUUUUUAUAUGAUCCAUUGAUGGCUAUGAAUAAAAUGGAAAUGGAUCGGAUCAAAGGCCCAUGGAGCGCUGAAGAAGAUGAGGCUCUUCAAAGGCUGGUUCAAAAACACGGCCCACGAAACUGGUCCUUGAUAAGCAAAGCGAUUCCGGGUCGCUCCGGAAAAUCUUGCCGGCUCAGGUGGUGUAACCAGCUUUCUCCGCAAGUUGAACACCGGGCCUUUACUCCGGAAGAGGAUGAAACCAUAAUCCGAGCCCAUGCCCGGUUCGGAAACAAGUGGGCCACAAUAGCCCGACUCCUCUCGGGUCGGACCGACAACGCGAUAAAGAACCACUGGAACUCGACGCUCAAGCGAAAGUGCUUCUCCGAUGGAGGGUACGAUGGUAAUUUCGACCAGCAACAGUUACAGCCGUUGAAGCGGUCCAUGAGUGCGGGUUCGGAUGCACCCGUGCCCAUUUACAUGAACCCGAGCAGCCCAUCCGGAUCGGACGUCAGCGAUUCGAGCGUGCCGGUCGUGUCUUCCUCUCACGUGUACAGACCCGUGGCGAGAACUGGGAGUGUCGUGCCUCCGAUCGAAACGACAUCGUCGACGACGGCAACGAAUGACCCUCCGACAUCGUUGUCGCUGUCUUUACCGGGCGUGGAAUCAUGCGAGGUAUCGAACGCGGUUUCACAAGUGGCGAAUACUUUAAAUUUGAUGCCGGAGAAGGAGAAGGAGGGGAAUGGGGAAGAGGAUCGGAGUAUUGGGUUGGUGCCGUUGAGUGCUGAGUUAAUGGAGGUGAUGCAGGAGAUGAUAAAGAAGGAAGUGAGGAGUUAUAUGACCGGGUUAAAGGAGCAAACUGGAGCUGGGUCUGGGAUUUGUAUGGGUAUGGGUAUGGGUAUGAAUAUGGGUAUGGGUAUGGGUAUGAGAGGUGAAGAUGGGUUUAGGGACGUGGCUGUGAAGAGAAUCGGAGUUGGUAGGCUCGAUUAGUUGUGAAGGGGAUGAAAAAAAAAAAAACUGGGUCUUUGGGUUUUUUAUUUUAUUUUAUUAUGGUAGUUAGCGAAUAAGCAAAUGUACAGAGAGAGAGAGAGUGAGGGAGUGUGAGGGAGAGGUUGAGGAUGAAUGAAACCAAGCGAAGAGGAUUUUUAGAAGGGACUUUGAUGGAGCAGAGUAUGAACUUUUUUUUUUUUUUUUUAAUUUCUGUUUGGGCUUCUGGGCCUUGUUCAGAGAGCUGGUUUAGGAAACAAAAAAGACAUGCUGCCGCAAAGGAACAAAGGAGGAAAAAAAAAAUGGAAAAGAAAUUCGAUAUUUUUGUCGAAUUAGCAAAAUUUUUCGUUUUGGGACUUUUCUUCGAUCA